UUAACCAAAUUUCACGCCCUAAAAAUCAGAGAUUCCAAUAACUACUUCUCUCUCCCUCUCUCUGUUAAUACGAUUCUGAUUCUAUUCUCUCAAGUCUCAACCAAUGGGCCACGAAACAAAGGCGACGACGGAGACCACCACCACCCUCGUGUUCUCCUACGGAACUCUGAAGAGAGGCUUCUCGAACCACGUCCUGAUGCAAGAUCUGAUCCGAUCCGGCGACGCGUCUUUCAAAGGAGUCUACCAAACCUUAGAGAACUACCCCCUCGUCUGCGGACCAUACCGAGUCCCUUUCCUCCUCAACAAGCCUGGAUCGGGUCAACGCGUCACGGGAGAGCUUUACUCCGUUUCUCCCCGCGGCCUCUCGCGUCUCGACGAGCUCGAAGGGAUCAGCCGGGGCCAUUACGUCAGACAGCCGAUCCGUCUCGCCGCGAAGGAGGAGGGAGGAGAUCUUGAAACAGAGCGUGUCUCGUCGUCGUGCGUGGUGGAGGCGUAUUACGCGCACAAGAGCUACGAAGAGGAGCUCUGGGAGAGGAAUAGGAGGAGGUCGUUCGGCGCGUACACGGAGAAGGAAGCGCGUGGGUAUGUGAAGCGGAACGAUAGGCCGCAGCAUCUUAGCUUCUUGGAUCAUAUCCGUAUUUUCGUUUCUUCUCCAUGUGACUGAUUUUAAUUUUCCCUCUCUCUCUCUCGGGGAAAAAUGAAAAAAGAAAAAAAAAAUAGUUACUAUUACAUGUUGUAAGGGUCCCAUCGGUCCUUCGUAUCCGUACUACGGUUGUCCUUUGAUUAGGUUCUGUGAUUGUUGUUCGGAUGUAAAACAAUAUAAGUCUUCUAUCUUAAUAAGCUUUUGGUCGCUCUUGUUAACUUUAUAAUCGUUAGCCCCCUGCUGAAUAAGAAGUCGGUCAGUGUCUAGAUUCAGGUUGUCUUA